AUGUUACAAUGCAAUAUUAGUUUUCUUUCUUUUCCGUCAGUGUUUGACUACUCUCUUUCAGCAAUAUUAGUUUUCUUUUUUUUCCGUCAGUUGUUUGACUACUCUCUUUCAGCAAUAUUAGUUUUUUUUUUUUUUCCGUCAGUGUUUGACUACUCUCUUUCAGCAAUAUUAAUUUUCUUUUUUUUUCCGUCAGUGUUUGACUACUCUCUUUCAGCAAUAUUAGUUUUCUUUUUUUUUCCGUCAGUGUUUGACUACUCUUUCAGCAAUAUUAGUUUUCUUUUUUUUUUCCGUCAGUUGUUUGACUACUCUUUCAGCAAUAUUAUUUUUUUUCCGUCAGUGUUUGACUACUCUCUUUCAGCAAUAUUAGUUUUCUUUUUUUUCCGUCAGUGUUUGACUACUCUCUUUCAGCAAUAUUACAAUAUUAGUUUUCUUUCUUUUCCGUCAGUGUUUGACUACUCUCUUUCAGCAAUAUUAGUUUUCUUUUUUUUUCCGUCAGUGUUUGACUACUCUCUUUCAGCAAUAUUAGUUUUCUUUCUUUUCCGUCAGUUGUUUGACUACUCUCUUUCAGCAAUAUUAGUUUUCUUUCUUUUCCGUCAGUGUUUUUUUUUCCAAUAUUACAAUAUUAGUUUUCUUUUUUUUCCGUCAGUGUUUGACUACUCUCUUUCAGCAAUAUUAGUUUUUCUUUUCCGUCAGUGUUUGACUACUCUCUUCAGCAAUAUUAAUUUUUUUUUCUUUCCGUCAGUGUUUGACUACACUCUUUCAGCAAUAUUAUGUUUGACUACUCUCUUUUCAGCAAUUUUAGUUUUCUUUUUUUUUCCGUCAGUGUUUGACUACUCUCUUUCAGCAAUAUUAGUUUUUUUUUUUUUCCGUCAGUUGUUUGAAAACUCUUCAGCAAUAUUAGUUUUCUUUUUUUUCCGUCAGUUGAUAUCUUUUAUUCCUUCUGUAUUAUUUUCAUUCAUUAUCUUUCAUUAUAAUUAUGUUUUCUUUCUUUUCUCUUUGUGA